GACCUGAUUCACCUGAAUCCAGACAGCUGGACUGCAGGCUUAGAGCAGACAAUGCUUAUUAUUCUAGUUGUGGGGCGCUGGCUAAUGCCAAAAGGAGAUAUGUCCAGAGACCAGCUCUCCCAACUACUAUUGGUCUAUGUUGGACUUGGUGCUGACAUUCUGGACAUCUUUGACACCUUCAAAGAGCCUGCAGUUGAGACAAACUACAACAUUGUAAUCAUCGGGCUUACCUUAUUCACCUGGGCCAUCAUUCAGUUUACUUUGGUCCUGACACAAACAACACCUUUUCAUACAGAUAUUAAGACAAAGUCUGAUGAAAGUGUAGUAGCUCAUACACGUAAAGUAGCAGGGAGCUGCUGUUUAUCAUGCUGUUCCAGUGAAAUCUGGAGCUUGUUGGUGACUGUAGGGAUGCAAGAUGGGCCCUUUCUCAUCUAUAGACUAUACCUGAUGAUCCAUGAAAAUGUCCUUAAUCAGCUGAUGAUCUUCUUUACAUGUAAGAAUAUUCUCACUGUAAUGAUUGAGAUUUACAGGAUUGUUGCGAUUCACAGUGAAGCAAAUAAGAAAGAACCUGACACACUUACAACCAGUGUGACACCAGAAACAGGUGAGCAUGCAAAAUACUCUAAGGAAACAGAAUAGAAAGGAAGCCUUUAUGGAAACCAAUAUCAUCUAAUUUAAUUACCUCAUCAUAAACUUACUAAACAAUAAUCUGAAAAUUACACUGCUGACCAGGGGCCUUGGAAGUAAAUCACCCCAUCUUGACCUUAUGCAAAAAUAUUUACACAAAAAUUAAUACAUUUUUUACUUAAUCUAAUUAUAGGUUUCUGACAAAUAUAUAAUGUAAAAAUGAUAGAAAUGCAAUCAAGUGGACUUUACUGGAAUAAAUGUUUAUUUUAAAGCUGUUUUAUACAAUCAUCUCUUCAGUGGAUUUUAUGGUAACUUUGAAUGAGAAAUCUUAAUGAUGACUAAUUUCAGUGUUUUAUUACAGCACUUAACAACAUAAUUUAAAAAUCUUACCAUAUAUGAUUUCCUAAAAGUCAUUCUAUUUGAAUUUCCAACUGACACUAUACAAUUCAAAAGCACCAUUUUACUUGACAGUCCAGAAAUGAGGAACACCUAGGCUUUUUUAUCCUACAACCUACUGUAAGUGAUACAAAAGAGUGGAAAGGUCAUCAAUGUCUGUAGCACUAUAAAAUUUAGAAUAUUUUGACAUUAUAAGCAUAUAGCAAAAAAAAUGAACAAAACAUAAGAAAGCUGGUUUAAAUCGAUCAUAUUUUGGACCUUUGAGUGGAACUUUACACCUUACAUGUAAGAUAGAUAGAUAGAUAGAUAGAUAACCAGUAGGGGGCACCACUGAGCCCCAAACCCAAGACCCAAUAAUGUCCAACAAAGUCAUAGGUUCAAAUAAUGGAAUUUUUAAUACAACAAGCACAAAAAAUGAAACACAGCCCCAAAACAAUUGAAACAAUAAAGUUUUUCCUUUCCUUUGUGUAUGCUGAAGUCAAAAACAGCGGAAUUUCUUUUAUUCUUGGUGAGAGGAGGUUA